ACACCACAGCCUUUCAUAGCUCAGAAGGUGUAGGCAGAGUGUCAGGAGACAGACGUUCAGCUCCCACCAUCAUAUACAGCGUACUUUAACUUUGGACACACUUUUGAUAAGAUGUCAACUACCACUUCUACUUCUGGCUUUCCAUGGAGUCCUCGAAUAACCUCAGAGGCUGAUCAAAUAGAUUUUCUGGAGGAGUGGAAAGCCAAACGAGAGAAACUGAGAAUGAGAUCUCUACCUGCAGUGCCUUCCACCAUACAGCCAAAUGAUAGUCAAAGUUCAGGAGUCAGGGGAGAAACAUUGAGACCUGCAAGUGCUCAACAGCAUGUCAGCCCCAAUGAGCACAGAAGUCAAGGAAACAAUACUCCUAAAUCAGGGAGUGACGAGUGUAGUCUGGGCAAUGUCUCUCAGUCCAGGACAGAAAGUUCUGAGAAAGCAGUAAGCCCAUCACCUUCUAGCAAGGAGAAGAGUGGGUCAUCUGGCUCCUCAUCUUACCGGAAAAACAAGACUCAAGUGGAGAAGCGUAAACUCAGGGAGAAGCGGAGAUCAACUGGUGUGGUCAAUCUAUCCCUUAGGUUUGAGAGCUCAGAUGAAGACAAGGAUGUUGCAGACAGAGAAAAGCAGCCAUCCAGUCCAGACCUUCUGAAACUGCCAUCCACUGUAGAGGAUGGAACAAGGGUGAGCCUCAAUAAACAGAAAAGAUGUACAGGGAACACCAAUCUAGAGGCUCAGUCUCCUGUAAACCGUACCCUGAACAGCAGCCAAAACAGGCUCAGUCCUGAAGGAGAAGAUGCAGGAUACAAGACAGAGUUAGAGAAGAAUCUCCAUGAACUGGAGAAGGAGAUCAAUGGAGAGAAGCGAUCAAACCAGCGACUGAGGAAGCAGCUUCAGGAAAAAGAGGACCUUGUCCAGAAACUUCAAGCUGAAAUUGGACUCAUGAACAAGGAUAUGGACAGCUUGGAGGAUGAGAACCAACAGCUACGAGAGGAGAAUAAGACACUUCUGAGAGUGGUCAAUCAGCUCACUAGCAGCUAGUUGAGAGGGCUGGUGGAGUGGCACUCUGCAUAUCCUCUUCUCAGAUACACAUCACCAAGAUAUCCCUCCACAAGUAUUAAGAAAAUGGAAAAAAGUUUGUGUUGUUUAAAAUAUACUAAUGCUUAUUCUCAACAGAAACCUUACUUCAUCAUGAUCAAUUCAUCUUCCAGACUUGCUUAUCCUAAGCAGCAUUGUAGGAAAGCUGCAGCCUAUCCUACCAAGCAACCAGCACAAGGCAAGAAAAAUUCCUGGACAAGGCACCAACCAAUUGCAGGGUGAACACACACAAACACACACCAUUACACACUAGGGUGAAUUUAACAACACAUGCCUUUGGACUGUGACAAAAAAACUACAGCACCUGGAGGAAACCCAUAUGGACAAGCUGGGGAAUGCAAACUCCACACUGGGAGCACCUGGGACAUAAACUCUGGUCUCCUUGUUGCAAGACCACAACACUAUAUGUUAGUUAUUUAAGGUAAGGAAGACAGAAGAUCUGAGGUAAAGUAAUAAUACUCACUAAUUAUGGUGCCAAGGAGUGGCAACCUGCAGCUUGUUGAUUGGCACAUGCAAGUAAGAAUUUCAGCAUUCUAUGUACCACUUGCAAUAAUGACUUUAUGAACAAGUCGUUAAGAUAAACUUUAGCCUAGAAGAAAACUGACCCAAAGGCUGACUAGAAUGGAAAGCAUCAGUAAAAUAAAACAAUUGUAAUUAUUGUCUGAAGUUACAUUCCAUUAUUGCACCAGGCAUAUGUGAUGCCAAGAUGAGACUGACAAAUGUUGUGGCAUGGUGGUCAGGGUCAACACAUGAUUAAUUUAUUCUUAGGCAUUUAACAGUACUGUACGCAGUGGCUGGCUUAUUCGUAAGGUAACCGGCUGAGCUCUCAGUGUUUCAUACAGCCUACUAUUUAUUGUAACAGCAACCAUGAUGUUACACUUGCCAGGUAAAAGGGGGUACCUACUCCGACGCUGGCGCCUUAUGCCUUACCCUGUCUCUCUCUUCAGUGCCAUGCUCAGUGCAACAUACAUAAAGAAUCGUUAUUGCAUAUGUAUGACGUUGAUUACCAAAGUCCAUAUAUGUUCAUUUCAGCGUAACAUAUGCACAUUUACAAGUUGAUUGUGAUUUAUAAAGUUGAUAAUGAUUUCUAAAUUUAUUAUGAAUGUAUGCCAGGUUUUAUAAAUCUGAUUUUUUGGCAUACACAUUUUCCUGAUUUUUGGUGUUUGCAUAUUUUCGUGCUGAAAAAGAUUUAUAAAUGAGACCCUUGGGCUCAAUAUUUGGCCCUUUCACUUUAUUGAGUUUGCAUAUUCUCAAGACAUUUGCACAGUAUUCCUAACAAUCCCUAUAAAUAUGCAUAUUAGUUCAAUUGGUAAGUUUAAAUUAGAACAUUAUGAGUAAUAAUUUGUGCCCGUAUUACCAUGCCCUGAAAUUGAUUAUCAUCUUGUCCAGAAAUAGUUCCGGCCUUGCAUUUACUUUUACUGGGAAAGUCACUAGUUAACUCAGAUCUUAUAAUGGAAAAUGCAAGUUUAAAAACGUUACAAAAUUGAUGUAUGGAUAGAUAGAUACAGUAGAUAAUUAAUACUGAAGUACACUGUGAACACAGGCACUUUAUUCCAUUAUGGAUGAAAAUAUUGUCCACUAGAUAAGACUAAGUAAACAGAAACUUCUGUAAUAAAUAUGUCUGUAAAUAGACACAUAUAGAAGCAAAGUCAAUUUGUAAAUGAUGAAAGAGAGAAAUUUGAAAUUAUACAUCAGGAAAUCAAGCAUGUUAUGCAAGGUGCAUAGCAAUAAUCUCUGCCCAGCAAUUCAGGAGACAUUUGAAAGGAGAACAUCCUACUGGUGCUCAGUCAUCAAGCACUACAUUUUUAUUUUCACUUCAGCUUUUUGUGGUUUUAUCCUUUAGCCUAUUUUUGACUUAGGUCUUGUUUAUUUAACUGUUUACAUUUGUAUCAAGCUGUAUCAAGACCAAAUCCUGGCUGUCUCAAAGUAAUCUUAUUUAUAAAUUUUUACUCAACACAUUGGUCAGCUUUAAUUUUAAGUGUGUGCACCUAAGUCUGGGUAAACUUUUUUUCUUAAGGCAAUGAUAAUUGUAGCUUAUUGUUAAAGUCAGAAAUGGAUAGAGUUUUCUGAUUACAGCAUAGUUACAAAAAGAAACUGAGCAAACUACUAUAGUGUGUCAAAGCUGUCUUGGGGAUUUACAAAAAGCACAUAUGGCUGAAUUGGCCGAAGUGUUAAAGAUACAAAGUAAUGAACCAUUGUAUUCAAACCGUUAGCUGUUCUUUUACGGCAGCCUACUUAUAACUGCUCACAAAAAAAACAUUUGAAACCUAUAUACUCUAUGGAAUUCUAUUUUUACAGUGUUGAUUUACUUUAUGAAAAAACAGAUUCUUCAAUUGCUAUUGCCUAGAUUUGCUGUGUGGCAUCUCUGUCAUGAUGAGAGAUUCGCAAUGAAUUCUGGUAUUGCAUAAAAAUAGUUCAAUGCACCAAUUCCUUCAGACAAUUAAAAAAAUACAAAGGAAUCUAAAAGAAAUUGAAUUUUCUUAUUUUUCUUACAGCGCAAAUUUACAGAUGCUAGUUUUAAAUAAAAGCACAUUCUUGGUUAUUGUUAUUGUUCUUGCUUUAAUGCAGGAGUCCUCAGAUUCAGAUAUGGAAUGCUGUAGGUAUUCAGAUGUAUAAAAGUAGGAGCCAAUUAUUGCUGCUAAUGAAACAUAUCUUUGAAACAUGAAGGCACCAACGCUGCACUAAAUAAACUUUGCCUCAAUUACAUGUGUGCUUUUUCAAAACUAAACAUUUCUAAAAAAAAAAAAAAAAAAGGUGGAAAUCAAAAGAUCAAAAGCAGCAACUUUAGUGUUUGGUCCAACAGGAGCAAGAUUGAGGAUUUCUUCUUUUAAUGAAGGCAGGUGUCAUUUUCCAUGCCAUUCACACAGUAAGCUACCACAAAACUAUCUUUUCUAUCUGUGGUCUAAGAAUAGCAUUUCAUGAUGACAUUUUUAAAGUUUUAGCUCCAUAUAAUCUAGCAUCUGAAUAAAAAGUGAAAGGGAUAGAUUUAAUCCCUACCUAUGCAGAUCAUAGACUGAAAUACACAUCUAAGAGAAAAAUGUUCAUUAUCUGCUUAUGUGGAAUGCAGCAUAUCUCUAAAAAUGUACAGUAUCCUGUAUGUAAUGCUAAUCCAUCAGUCUACUUAUCAAAAAACGCUUGCAUAUCAGCUUGCCAAGGUCUCUUUCAUACAUCUCCAAAAUAAUUCAACCUAAACUAGCCAGGUGAAAAAAGAGGUCAAAAUAGCAAUGUUUGCCUACUAAUGGAUCUCCAGAAAUCAUUCAGGGGUCAAUGUUUUCUUAUCUAAAAUACCUUCAGUCAAUGUUUUGUGACACCUACAGACCAAGUCCCUUGGCAGCAAAACUGCAUGCUCAAUGGCUUAAUUGAUCUUGUAAUGUUUUAACCUGUUAGUCUGUGAAAACCAAAAGAGGACAUCUGGAAUGCUAAUAAAUAACUAGAUUCAUCUGGCAGUUAACUGAAUGUGGGAACUACAGAUUCAUUAACUCAAAAUUAAUUUUUCACUUUUCUUCUGCCCACAUUUGCAUUUAAAAACUGGAGGAAGGGAAAUCGCAAACUGACAGAUACUGAAUUUUUAAGGAAGGAGAAAAUAAGGACCUAACAGUUCAGUCAUGUGGCUAAACAAUUGGUUUAUCACAGCACUUUUCUUGAGAGAUUUUUGUUUGGCUCUCUUCUCUCAUCUAAUUAACUCCAGGAAUAGCAUUGAUUACACCUCGAACUGUGGUAAGUGACCUCUCCUUUUUGGUUCAUUCAAAAUUCUUCAUAACCCACACCUUUCUCCUCCACCUCAGGCAUGCUUAUCAUCCUCUUUAUAAGAAAUACCACCUAUGAAAACAAAAAUACUCUGAAAUCAGUAUACAGCCAGCUCAGUACGGAUUAAUGCCUUACAGGCUACAGCUGAUUUCUUGCAAAAGAGUGUCUUCAGCUACACACACUUCCAGAGCUUCCUUUCACAUUUUUAUGUUCCUGUAGCAUUCUUUGACUAUAUUACAGUUUUCUUUAGAUAGACUUAAAUUCUUCACCUGCUUGAUUCUACAUAAAUUAAGAUUUUACAAUUACUAUUAUUAAUAAAGUAUCAAAGACAUGUUUCUUUUAAAUCUUAAAAUGUCAUGAUUUGGUAUUUCUCUUAUUAGCGUUGGCUAAACUUCAUGUUAAGGCUUGACAACGUUUACUUUCUUAUUUAUGAAAGGCUAAAAUUGUCCCAUAUCUAUAAACCAGCUUUUAAAAGAUUCAAAAUUCAUUCUUUGCCCUUGUUACGAUGUACUUUAGAAUAUGGCUGACCUAGAACAUGAAGACUUUGGGAUUAUAAACUAUUAGAUGCUUUAAGAAAUUUUUAUUAGUAUUUUAAUAUAUAUAUAUUCUCAUAUAUUUUUGUAUAUGUUGCAUGGUGUUUUUCUGCUGGUGAUUUAAAAUUAUUUUUUGUGUUUUUGUUGCAUGACAUUUUGUUUUACAUUUUAAAAGAAUAAUGUUUUUGUAAUUAUUACAAAGUGCAUUGAACUUACAAGAGAAAAUGUUUAAGAAUAAAUGGAAUUGAACCAUGGCAUGAUUUCUCUCAUAUUGGACUGGAUAUUUAGAAUCUUCCUUAAGCAUUAAAACCAAUUAUGUCCUCCUGA